AUUAAUAUUCAUCGCCCUAUUCCUUUAUAUAAGGCAUGGAACGACAGCCAAGUCUGAUCAAAGAGUACAGAGCCAAGAAGCUGUCGUUUCUAUAACACACAUUCUCAAGAUUAAAGAAAACAGACGUAAAGACUCCAACAGCGUUCAACAUGACAAAAUCCUUCCCAGCAUGCUUAGUUUUUCUGAUAGCUACCGAAUACAUUGGUCUUUGUUGCUGCAAAGCUCUAGUAAAUCCUGGCGUUUUCCUCCUUGAGGCUGACAUGCCUUUUAAAGAGCAAAUAUCGCAAGAAAUUGAAACUAAACCGGAUCCUUCAAAUAUGUGGAAGCCAAGUGAGGAGUCGGACGAAGAGGGCUAUGAAAACGGAAUUCCUCACUUGAGGUACGGAAAGGAGGCAGUUCCACACUUGAGAUAUGGUAAAGAGCUUGAAAACUUUUUCCAUUAUGGUGAAGAAAGCGAUGAUGCACAGCAUGUUCGAUAUGGAAAAGAGGCAGAUCAACAUGUUAGGUAUGGUAAGGAGGCCGAUGACCACGUUCGCUAUGGAAAAGAAUUGCAACAUUUAAGGUAUGGAAAAGAGGCACAGCAUGUUAGAUAUGGUAAAGAGGCACAGCACGUUAGAUACGGAAGAGAAGCUGCACAGCACGUCAGGUACGGAAAAGAGGUCAAAAAGCAAUUAAGAUAUGGUAAGGAAGCAAAACAUGUAAGAUACGGUAGAGAGGUGGAUCAGCAUGUACGAUAUGGAAAAGAGGCACAGCAUGUCAGAUAUGGAAAGAGGGCUCAACAUGUAAGGUACGGAAAAGAGGCACAGCAUGUAAGAUAUGGAAAAGAAGCACAGCAUGUAAGAUACGGAAAAGAGGCACAGCAUGUAAGGUAUGGAAAAGAGGCACAACAUGUAAGAUAUGGAAAAGAGGCACAGCAUGUAAGAUACGGAAAAGAAGCGCAGCAUGUAAGGUAUGGAAAAGAGGCGCAGCAUGUAAGAUACGGAAAAGAGGUGACCGAACAACCAGAGUACGCAAGUCCAGCAGCUGAAAGUUUGCAAAUAGAUGGACACUAUAAGAUAACAAGGGAAACAGAUGGGGAUGAGGCAGAGGCAGAAAAUUCUUUAUGGAACACAAUAAUUCACAACAGAAGUGGGGCAAAUCUUCUCAAAGUUUUAAAAAGUCUAAGAGCAGUACAGCAGGGAAAUGCAGACAAAAAGGGAAGUCAAACAAACGCGUGACGCAUUCGUUAUGGUCUGAAGAAUUUUACAUGCACACACAGCUAACGUCUCGGUAGCAUUUCAUGUAAAUCUAUUCGUUCACAAUUUAUUUAAAUCAAUAUAUGUAUAAUAGAUGACUUGCAGUGAUAUGCAGCCCGAUGUGA